GACUUCUUCCUGCAGUCAUAUAAUAUUACAAAGACUUGUCUAAUUGACCAAUUUGCUUCGGCGUGUGAAAAGUUCCACGUCUUUGUCUUCUCUACCAAGAUACAAAGUCCGGCCAAAUCCUCGCGCCUUUGCCUGCACCUUCCCUUAUUUUACUGUUUGUAUUUAUUUAUUUCUUUUUCACUCUAUUCUCUCCUUUUUUAAGUCCUCCUUCAUUGGCUUCCGCCACUUUCCCACAUAGACCUCAUCGAUUCUUUCUUCUUCUUUUUCUUUUUCUAUCUCUGUACAUAAAAAUUAUGGGGAAUUUCUACAAGUUAGUCAUCUCUAAAGAAGAGAAAUCACGAAGAGUUUUGCGAGGUGUUAAGACUGUGUUCUUCCUGAUCACCCUGUUGAUUUCUUUGUUGCUUUUUUCUGCGCCGGUUUUGCUUGUUAUUGCUGAUACUCUUCUUCCUUCUGCGCUUCUCUCAGCUUCUCUUUCUCCUUCUUCUUUAUCCCUCGAAACCCUCUCCACCCACUUCACUAACUACGACUUUCGUUACUCUCUCAUCGACAUACCUCUUAUCUCCAUCAUCCGAUCCGCCGCCAUCAUCUGUGUUUAUGCAUUGUGUGACGGGCCACGGCUUUCAAGAGGGCCGUAUCUGGGGAUUACAACUGUGUGUUCAGUGUUAUCUCUAAUUUUUGUUUCAUUAAAGGCUUCCUUUGUGUUCAGUGUUUCAAACAUGGAUCGAGGAGGGUAUGUGAGAGCCAUGGAAAUGGCUUUAUUCAUCUCUUCACUGGUUUUAGCCAUUGGACAUAUCGUGGUGGCUUACAGAACAAGUUGCAGAGAAAGAAGAAAACUCCUGGUUUACAAAAUUGACAUUGAAGCUAAGAAAUCAAAUGAUCAAAUCAUAAUAACAUGUGCGGCAUGUGCUCAGGUUUCAGCUGCAAAGAAUGGUUUUCCAAGGUAUCAGAAGAUUCUCAAGGAAGAAAGAGUUAAUUAAUCAUUCAGCACAUAAAUACAAGCAACAUAAUUAUAUAUUUUUUUGGCGCAUCAUAGUAAGAGUCAAAUUUCAGAUUCAUCUGAAGAUUCAAUCAAGAACAAGUUCGCAGGCGGCUAAAUAUAAGUAAACAACUGAAAACCAAUUAUAUGCAACAAGAAAUUACAUUAUGUGGAAGUGGUGGGUCAAGUUUUAUUAGCUAUAGAUAUUGCAGGGGAUGCAUAAAUAUUCAUCUCUGUAAUUUAACAUGUACAGAUUGUAAUCACAUAGUGAAAGGUUAUCAAGUUUUAAAAGAAGUGGCCGAAGGCCUUUUUGAUGA